UUUGGCAUAAACACGAAGUAAGCAGUUAAAUUUCUGAGCUUCCAGGUAUGCUUAGCAGUGUGUUUAUUUUUAUUGUACUUUCUCAUACUUGUGUAGGUGGUAUGAGAAAGUGCAUUUAAAAUUGACCAUUAAGUUUUGAGCUUGGGCAAGUGUUUGCCUAUUACGUCCUGCAUAAAUGCAAUGUUGUUAUUUUUUCUGAAGUAAACUUUUCAUAUUCCAUACACUUUGACCUUAUAUUUUAAGGUCAGUGCAUUAUUUAAUUUAUCUCUUUUUCGACUUACCAUAGUUAACAUUGGUGAGUGUUGGAUGUCAAUGAAAGGGUUGCAGCAAAUCAAAUGCAUAAUCCACAAAGUGCUGUUAGCUCCUCCACCGUGAUUGGUGCCACCAACACAUCUACCUCAGUUGGCUCAAUUAACACUCGUAUACUUCAUGUUCCUAACAACAAUGUGCAGCCAAGAUUUAUUUCAAUUGAUGCUAAUUCUUAUUCAAAAGUAGUUAAUGUGCCUCGUGCUGCAAGUCCAUACAUUACCAUUCAACCACAAAUUAAUCCUCAACAAAACAAUGCAAGUCAGCAAUAUGUUCAAUUUCAACUUCCAAACAUGCAACAAGGUUCUAAUUUCAUUUGUCUGCAACCACUGUCCAAUCAAUCGAACAAUACUCAGUCCGUACAAAAUGUGCAACAAAACUUUGUCUCUGUGCCAGCUAAUUUUUUUAAUAAUCAAGUGCAAUUGCAAAACAUUAGUCAACCACAUCUUUCAAUACAACUUCUCCAACAAUCAAACCAAGUAAAUAACAAAAUGCAAUCAGAGCAAGCAGAUGCAAAUAUAAGUCCAAAGAAAAAAGCAAAUGUUACACCUAUUCAAGUUCAUGGCAGUUUGAAUGGACAACAAAUAUUAAUAUCACCACAAUCUUCAGCAUCGUCUUUAGUGGGAACAGUUUCUGUUGGUCAAGCUACACCAACAGUAAACAUAAACAGCCUUCUAUCACAAAACGUUCAACAAGACACAAUUACUCAAAAUGUUUCUGCUGCAGCAUUUUUCCCAGCUUCCCCAGUGAGGAAACAAACAGGAGCAAUCGCCACCCCAGUAACAUCUUCAAGUAUAUUCCAAGCUUUACAAGCAGUAAAAAAUCCUACAAAUGCACCAGUUGUAAAUCAUAGCACUGCUAAUACAUUGCCAACAGUUUUAGCAGCAAUAAAUCCACAACAGCAACUUUCUUUGCAACAACAACAAUCCUUAACUCAAUUCGUGGCCCAACAUGCACCACAAUUACAAAAUCAGCAAUUAGUAUUCAAGCAUAGUCACAAUAAAAAUGAAGAAAUCAGCUCAAAAGGUUUUCCAGGUACCAUCAUGAUGCUUGGUGGUAAUCAAACCAUGAAUAAACAGCAGGUCAUUAUUCCAAAGACCACGCCUGUUUCAAAUCAAAGUUCAAUGUUUGUUCCAAUCACUAUGGCAAACAAUGUAUCUGUUUUAACUAAUCCGGCAUCAUCGAUAAUGGGUGCAAAAAGAGUUAUUGGUCAGACUGGUCCAUCCACUACAUUAAGAAUACAGCAACAGCAGAUUGCACCAAGAUCAACAGCAUCAACCUCGUCAGCAGGUGUCAACAACAUGUCACUGAAUAGCAGCAAUCAAAAGAUUCUAAUACCGGUUCAAUCUUCCAAUCAGCAACAGUAUAUCAUCCAAUCAGUUCCUCAAAAAAUUGUUCAAUUAAACUCACAACAAAAUAACCCUACUCAGAUACAACAAAAACAUGAUACUCCACCAGCUUCAACAAUUUCGAAAUCUGCUGGUAAAGCAACAACGGUUGGGUCAGUCACUGACUCUAAGCCAGUUAAAAAACCUUGCAAUUGCACAAAAUCACAGUGUCUUAAACUGUAUUGUGAAUGUUUUGCAAAUGGUGAAUUUUGCAGCAACUGCAACUGUCGACUCUGUUUUAACAACAUCAAUCAUGAAAAUGAAAGAAAAAAAGCAAUUAAGGCUUGUUUAGAACGCAAUCCAUAUGCAUUUCACCCAAAAAUUGGCAAAGGAAAAGUAAAGGGUGACAAUGAAAGAAGACAUACAAAAGGUUGCAACUGCAGAAGAUCUGGAUGUUUGAAGAAUUAUUGUGAAUGCUACGAAGCAAAAAUUCUUUGCUCAGAGCUUUGUAAAUGCAUUGGUUGCAAAAAUUUUGAGGAGUCAGCUGAUCGUCAAACACUUAUGCAUCUUGCUGACGCUGCGGAGGUGAGAGUUCUUCAACAAAAUGCAGCAAAAAGUAAAUUAGCAAAGCAAACAGAUAAUGUUGAUAAAAAGAUAGCUACAGCACAAAAGGAGAAGCUGCCUUUUAAUUUUAUGACAGCAGAUGUUUCAAAAGCAACGUGUGACAUUCUACUUGCAUGUGCUCAAAAAGCAGAAACAAGUAAUCUUUCUGAAGAAGAAACAGAACGUUCAAUUAUAGACGAGUUUUCUAGAUGUUUAAAUCAAAUUAUAGACAAAGCUAACGAAGCAAAAGAAGGAAAAAGGUGACAGUGGUUGACUUAGCUGAUAUAUAAUAGAUUUGAUAAAUUAUUUUAUAAUCCUGUAUAUCCUGUAAAAUAUAAUUGUGGAUGUAAUUUUACCCAAAUAGUAUUGUUAUAUUUUGUACAUAUUCUUUUAUCUGAUAUAACUAAUUACAAUUGUUACAGCAUUGUUUCUUGUAAAAGAUGUGUAUUGUGAUAUUAGCUGUUGUGAAAAUUACUAUCCUGCUUUUUCAAAACUGAAACAAAACUGUCAGCUGAUCGUACAGUUGUUAGCUGUACUUUCUGUAAUGUUUAUGUGUAGCGUAAUAAACAUAAAGUGAAAACAUAAAGUUGAAAUAGAUAAACUUGAAAUUUCUCCCCAACAAAUCUUAUUGGUAACAAUAAAAAAAGAAAAUGUAUAUGCUGUUUGUGUUUUAAUGUUUAACAUUCAAUGUAUUUUUUGUUUGUUUGGUUAUUUGAUUUUAUAGUUCGUGUGUGAUACAAAAGAAUAAUGUCUCAACAAAAAAAGAAAAAUUGUCUAAAACGUUGGCUUAAUUCUUCAUCUUGUGUUCUUCUCGGCCAGGAUUUGAUCCAACUGUUACUUUCCCAUCUGCUACUUUAACUUAUACACAACAAAAUGAUUUCAUUAUGAAAAUGUUAGACAGUUCUGUGUUGCUAAAUUGAGCAUACCACUGUGAAAAAUGUAAUAAACGAUUUGACUUGUACCUCUGCCCAUAACGAAAUAUGCAAUCAAAGAGGAGUGUUUACAGAGAGAUAAAAUACAAAGUAUUUUUUCUUGUCCGCACAUUUUAAUAUAAAAAUUAACUUUUUUCCCUAUAAUCCAGAUAAUUAUUUCGACAAUCGUAUCAUCGUCUUGUGAUGUCUCGAUAUUAAAGGGGGCCUAAUAACACUCAUUUCAGGAAUACGGUUUAAUACCCAAAUUCUAUCAUAAUCUAUUUUCUAUAUUAUAAGUCCCUUCUUGCUUCGUUUUUUAUUGCCUAAAAAGAAUAUUGAUUGAAUUGAUGAUUUUUUUAUAACAUUGAAUAGUUUUCUAUUAGUGUUGUUUUAGUUUAGUAAUGAAACCAUAAACACGAAACAAUUGGAUUAUGGCUGAAGAUGUACAUGAUAACUGGUCAAUUAACGUUGAAAUAAGAAAUGGUACUGGG